UAAUGCAGUAAGUGACUCCUGCAUAUGUUAGAAAUCUGAAUGGAAUCACACAAGAGUAUUUGAUAGAUAUACAUUAGUUUUUUGUGUCCUGUUAAUGCUAACACUUAUAAUAUUCAAUUUUUGAAAUUUAGAAUAAGAGAUAUGGAUUCUGGUUAAACACUAUUUGAAGUUGAACGAGAUCAAGAUGAAGAGUCAAUAGGUAAAUUGUAUAUUGAUUUAUGAUAGAAAAUCUACCUCCAGAAUAUCAAGAUGAGGCUAGACGUAUAAAAUAUCAUUUUGGACCAUAAUUUUUUGAAUUGAAGACUGUAGGUGCUUAAUUGACUUUUUCAGUGGGCAACAAACCUGUCAAAAAUUUUACAAUAAUAGAGAGACAUUAUUUUAGAGAUCAUUUAUUGAGAAGCUAUGAAUUUCAAUUUCCUUUUUGCAUACCGAAUUCAACUAACACUUGGGAACAUAUCUACACAAUUCCAGAGAUAGAUGAAGCAAUGGUAAUAAAUAAUGGUUAAGAAUUAUUAGAGACAAGAAAUGAUAGCAAAUCCAUUUUAGACAAAAUCAGAUAGUUUUUAUUUUGUUGGAGAUCAAUUAGUGAUGCAUAACAAGGCAGAAUAUGACUAUUCACCUUUUGAUUGA